AUUAUCUUAUAGAUAUCUUACGUUUCGAUAGAAAUUUAUUUUGUCGCUUGUUCGGCUUCCGUGAUACGACAACUCAAUCGAAUCGAUGCCGUUAUCAUUUCUGAUUGGGAAGUUUAACGUUAGAAAUUACAAUCGGAGAAAUAAUUCGUGCACUUGCUUUUUCGGGAUCCAUUUGUAACCGGAAACGAAGGAUGCGAAACGUUUAAACCGCCACCGACGUAUCCAACAGAAAGUUUAAAAUCACCGGAACCGUCGGAGUCGCGCGAGUGACUCGCGCUCGCGCUCGCGCGCGCCCAUCAGCUGAUUUUUGCGUCCGGUUCAACGAGUCAUGCUUUUUCUUCCGGUCCGAUGCAGACCACCGUUUCAGUAUCUGCGGGAUCGACGGUGAAGAUGGUAGAUGAAGCUGGUGACAGGGAUGAAUCCUCUAAUGUUGCCAUUAUCAGAGAAGUAUACGACAGUGAAAAUGCCCACGAGACAUUUGAAUACGAGUUAGAGCGAGCGCUAGAAUCAGAAUGCAGUUUAAUCGUUAUCGAGCCGUCGAAAUUAGGUGAUGAAACCUCUAGAUGGAUAGCAGUAGGAAAUUGUCUUCAUAAGACUGCUGCAUUGUCGGGUCUUGCUGCGAUCGUCACAGGAUUAGUUUGGGGCGAUCGACCAUACAUCUGUGGUCCAUUAGGUUUUACGUCAGUUAUAACCUGCGGAUUAUAUACAGUCUCUUGGCAAUUUGAUCCCUGCUGUCAGUAUCAAGUAGAGACUGAUACCAGCAAAUUACCGCACGUUGAACUAUUAGCUGUUCUAGGUCCAUCGUCUCCGACGUUUCUUGUAAGGAAAGAUGAUAAGAGGAGACGAAUUCUUCAUACAACUGUUGCAUUGGCAGCCUUCGGUAUUACUGCCUGGAGAGUAUAUCAGGCGUUCAAGUGAAAAAAAUUAUUACUGGCAUUGGUUUUGAUUUAUAGGCCAGAAUGAAAUAAUAAGGUGAAUGCUGCUUAUGUGAUGAUUAAACCACAUAAAUACAAGUAAAGAGAGCCAGAUUUUAUCCAAGCUUUUAUAUUGGCAUAUAAUUUGAGAUCAUUAUUCUUUGUGAUCUUCAUCUUGACAAAAUUUUCAAAAAUAACUAUUGCAAAACUGGAAAGACCAUGCAGUCUUUACAAUGAAGAAAAAGAAAUAUAUUGACAUAAGUGUUCUUAGAAUGAUUAAAUUUACAAUAGAACAUAUGAAUUUAGCAUUAUGUAUUUUUAGACUGUAAAUAAAAUAGGUAGAGAGAGAAUACAAUACGUAUGAUAUGUCAAAGGA